AUGAACCGCCAACAACCACCCUCCCGCCCCCUCUCGACCUCGGCACGUGUUCAUCCGAGCUACCUCCCCUAUCUACACAACGCCUCUCGCAACGGAAUGAAGAGCAUAAAAUGGGUCCCUCCCCUCGUAGCCGUCGUUGGCGCGGGCUACGGCAUCGCGAGCUACCGCGAAGCACAGGGCUCGCAGCGCCUCGCAGCAGCCGAGCAGGCCGAGGCCGAGAGGCGGCGCAGGAACGCUGCCUUGGCCGAUGCCUACGGUGACCGGAGCAGCCUGGAGGAGCUGGAGAGGGCCAUCAAAGUCUAUGAGGCCCAACAACGGAGCGAUUCAUGA